AUGGACAAACCAGUGAAGCUGGCGAAGGUAACGAAGAUUCUCGGACGCACCGGAUCUCAGGGACAAUGCACACAGGUGCGCGUUGAUUUCAUCGAUGACCCAUCGAAUCGCUCGAUUAUUCGUAACGUGAAGGGACCCGUUCGUGAGGGUGAUAUUUUGACGCUUCUGGAAGCGGAACGAGAAGCACGUCGGCUUCGUUGA